AUGUCUGUCUGGUUUUCUUACAGCUUCAAGACUGGUCAGAUCAACGGAGAUCUGCUGAUAUACCACGUACUGCUAACUCUGAAGCCAUACUACGCAAAGCCAUACGAAAUCGUAGUGGACCUCACGCACGCUGGCCCCAGUAAUCGCUUUAAAACAGACUUUCUCUCUAAAUGGUUUGUAGUUUUUCCAGGCUUUGCUUAUGAAAAUGUCUCAGCAGUUUUUAUUUAUAACUGUAACUCUUGGGUCAGAGAAUACACCAAAUACCAUGAAAGGCUCUUGACAGGUUUGAAAGGAAGCAAAAGGCUUAUUUUCAUAGACUCUCCCGGGAAACUGGCAGAGCACAUUGAACAUGACCAGCAGAAACUCCCAGCAGCUACCUUGGCUUUGGAGGAGGACUUGAAAGUAUUUCACAAUGCACUCAAACUGGCUCAUAAAGACACCAAAGUUUCUAUUAAAGUGGGGUCGACAGCUGUGCAGGUGACAUCAGCCGAACGCACAAGAGUCCUGGGACAAACGGUGUUUCUGAACGAUAUAUACUAUGCCUCGGAAAUAGAGGAGAUAUGUCUCGUUGAUGAGAACCAGUUCACGCUAACCAUUGCCAACCAAGGCACACCGCUCACCUUCAUGCAUCAGGAGUGUGAAGCCAUCGUUAGGUCCAUCAUUCAUAUACGGACACGGUGGGAGCUGUCACAACCAGACUCCAUCCCACAGCAUACUAAAAUUCGUCCUAAGGAUGUCCCUGGAACACUACUGAACAUAGCGCUGCUCAACCUGGGAAGCUCAGACCCCAGUUUGCGGUCUGCUGCCUAUAAUCUUCUAUGUGCCUUAACCUGUACCUUUAAUUUAAAGAUUGAGGGCCAGUUACUGGAAACUUCAGGUCUGUGUAUUCCUGCCAACAACACACUAUUUAUUGUAUCUAUUAGUAAGACUCUUGCAGCUAACGAACCACACCUUACCUUAGAGUUCUUGGAAGAGUGUAUUUCUGGAUUUAGCAAAUCUAGUAUUGAACUGAAACAUCUUUGUCUGGAGUACAUGACUCCCUGGCUGUCCAAUCUGGUCCGAUUCUGUAAACACAAUGAUGAUGCUAAGCGCCAGCGAGUCACUGCUAUUCUCGAUAAGCUUAUAACGAUGACGAUAAAUGAAAAACAGAUGUAUCCUUCCAUUCAAGCUAAGAUAUGGGGAAGUCUUGGACAGAUAACAGAUCUCCUUGAUGUCGUGCUGGACAGUUUCAUCAAAACUAGUGCCACAGGGGGCUUGGGAUCCAUAAAAGCCGAGGUGAUGGCAGACACCGCUGUAGCGCUUGCUUCUGGAAAUGUUAAACUGGUUUCAAGCAAAGUGAUUGGAAGGAUGUGCAAAAUAAUCGACAAGACGUGUCUGUCUCCAACUCCUACACUGGAACAGCACCUGAUGUGGGACGAUAUUGCUAUUCUAGCACGUUACAUGCUGAUGCUCUCCUUUAACAAUUCUCUGGAUGUGGCAGCACAUCUCCCCUACCUCUUUCAUGUCGUUACUCUGUUGGUGGCCACUGGUCCCCUUUCUCUCCGAGCUUCCACUCAUGGUCUCGUCAUCAACAUCAUUCAUUCUCUUUGCACUUGUUCACAGCUUCACUUUAGUGAGGAGACCAAGCAAGUUUUAAGGCUGAGCUUGACCGAGUUCUCUCUGCCUAAAUUUUAUUUGCUGUUUGGAAUCAGCAAAGUGAAAUCAGCUGCAGUCAUAGCGUUCCGAUCCAGCUAUCGAGACAGGUCGUUUUCUCCUGGUUCCUAUGAAAGGGAGACUUUUGCACUGACUUCAUUGGAAACUGUUACUGAAGCUCUGUUGGAGAUCAUGGAGGCUUGUAUGAGGGAUAUUCCAACGUGCAAGUGGCUGGACCAGUGGACUGAACUAGCUCAAAAGUUUGCAUUCCAGUAUAACCCAUCCCUGCAGCCAAGAGCACUUGUUGUCUUUGGCUGUAUCAGUAAACGUGUCUCUCAUGGACAAAUAAAACAAAUAAUCCGAAUUCUUAGCAAGGGACUUGAGAGCUGUUUGAAAGGCCCGGACAAUUACAAUAGCCAAGUUCUAAUAGAAGCUACAGUUAUAGCACUCACCAAGCUGCAGCCUCUUCUUAAUAAGGACUCUCCUAUGCACAAGGCCCUCUUUUGGGUAGCCAUGGCAGUACUGCAGCUGGAUGAAGUGAACCUGUACUCGGCAGGUACAGCACUGCUUGAGCAGAACCUGCAUACCCUGGACAGCCUCCGGGUAUUCAAUGACAAGAGCCCAGAAGAGGUGUUUAUGGAGAUCAGGAGGCCACUCGAAUGGCACUGCAAGCAGAUGGAUCAUUUUGUUGGGCUAAAUUUCAACUCCAACUUUAACUUUGCAUUAGUGGGACACCUCCUGAAAGGGUACAGGCACCCUUCUCCUACCACUGUAGCAAGAACAGUGAGGAUUUUACAUACACUACUAGCUCUGGUUAACAAACACAGGAACUGUGACAAGUUUGAGGUGAACACCCAGAGCGUGGCUUACCUUGCAGCUUUGCUGACAGUAUCUGAGGAAGUUCGAAGCCGCUGCAGCCUAAAACAUAGGAAGUCUCUCUUGUUGACAGAUGUCUCAAUGGAAAAUGUUCCUAUGGAUACAUAUCCCAUACAUCACAGUGACACUAGCUAUAGGACACUAAAGGAAAAUCAACCAUGGUCAUCACCAAAGGGGUCAGACAGACAUCUGGCUGCCAGUUACCCGACAGUGGGACAGAUAAGCCCUCGAACAAGAAAAUCCAUGAGUUUGGAUAUGGGGCAGCCUUCACAAGCAAACACUAAAAAGCUUCUAGGUACAAGGAAAAGUUUUGACCAUUUGAUAUCGGACACAAAGGCUCCUAAAAGGCAAGACAUGGAAUCUGGAAUCACAACGCCUCCCAAAAUGAGGAGAGUAGCCGAAAAUGAUUAUGAAAUGGAAACUCAGAGAAUAUCACCGCAGCAACACCCACAUCUUCGAAAAGUUUCUGUUUCUGAGUCAAAUGUCCUCCUAGAUGAAGAAGUUCUGACUGACCCAAAAAUUCAAGCACUGCUGCUUACAGUUCUUGCGACGUUAGUGAAGUACACUACGGAUGAGUUUGACCAGCGGAUUCUGUAUGAGUAUUUAGCAGAAGCCAGCGUUGUCUUCCCAAAGGUCUUUCCUGUUGUGCAUAAUUUAUUGGAUUCCAAGAUCAAUACCCUUUUAUCGCUGUGCCAGGACCCAAAUUUGUUGAAUCCAAUUCAUGGGAUUGUUCAGAGUGUUGUCUACCAUGAAGAGUCUCCACCCCAGUACCAAACUUCUUACCUACAGAGUUUUGGAUUCAAUGGGUUGUGGAGGUUUGCUGGCCCGUUUUCCAAGCAAACACAAAUCCCAGACUAUGCUGAGCUCAUCGUGAAGUUCCUUGAUGCCUUGAUUGACACGUAUUUGCCUGGAAUUGAUGAGGAAACCAGUGAAGAGUCUCUCCUGACGCCCACAUCUCCGUAUCCUCCCGCAGUGCAGAGCCAGCUGAGCAUUACUGCUAACCUUAACCUUUCCAAUUCCAUGACCUCGCUUGCAACUUCCCAGCACUCCCCAGGUCAGUAG